AUGGCGACGUCGCACACGGCGCACAUCGCUAACACGCGCGCACAUGCGGGCCAGCAGCAGACAGGGCAAUACAAGGAGAAUAUCCGCUUCCUCCCGCACGUCCUCGGCGACCUUCUCUUUGAUUAUCUUAUCUAUGUGCUCCCUCUGUGCGAAGCCUUUCUGCCGGCGACCGCCGCCACCGCCCCUACAUUCUCGCCCUUCCUCUGGGAGAAGGAUGGUCGCGUGUGGCCGGCCGAUGCGCUGAUUGAGCGCCUCACCGCAGCGCGCGUUCGCGCGCUGCUCCCGCUCUUGCAUUUCCAGCCCUGGCGGCAGAUGACCGUCGCUAUCGUGAAGACAGAUUUCGCCGACUUCCCCCCUCUACUUCGAAACGGACCCGCAUAACGACGCCGAGGAAGCGGAGGAGGAUGUGCGCCUCCGGACCCGCUAACGGAACCACUCGACGCGCACCGUCAACCGCACAUAUUCGAACCAGCUUGGCGCGCACUUUGGCAACG